GAAUCAGUACUCAAUAUAUUACAUCUAGACAAUAAUUAUAUCUGAUAUGUCGUCUAUUGAUUGGGUUAAGAAUACGUAUACCUAAUUGUCUUAUAUAAAUAUAUCCAAAGUCCACACUUCCCCAUGUCUUCGUUUCUCCACUCUCCAUUCUGAAACAAACUUUCAAUCUCCGACACUCUCACCCUCUCCGACAUGGUUCUCUCCAAAACCGCUUCCGAAUCCGACGUUUCUGUCCACUCCACCUUCGCUUCUCGCUAUGUCAGAACUUCACUUCCCAGGUUCAGGAUGCCGGAGGAGUCGAUUCCAAAGGAAGCAGCGUACCAGAUCAUAAACGAUGAGUUGAUGUUGGAUGGGAACCCAAGGUUGAACUUGGCUUCGUUUGUGACGACAUGGAUGGAACCUGAGUGUGAUAAACUCAUCAUGGCUUCCAUCAAUAAGAACUAUGUUGACAUGGAUGAGUACCCUGUCACCACUGAGCUUCAGAACCGAUGUGUGAACAUGAUAGCUCAUCUUUUUAAUGCACCACUAGAAGAAUCUGAAACUGCUGUUGGUGUUGGCACGGUCGGUUCAUCAGAGGCCAUAAUGUUGGCUGGAUUGGCCUUCAAAAGGAGGUGGCAAAACAGAAGGAAAGCAGAGGGAAAGCCUUAUGACAAACCCAACAUUGUCACCGGAGCCAACGUUCAGGUUUGCUGGGAGAAAUUCGCAAGGUACUUCGAGGUGGAGUUGAAGGAAGUGAAGCUGCGUGAUGGAUACUAUGUAAUGGACCCUGACCAGGCUGCGGAAUUGGUGGAUGAGAACACUAUUUGUGUUGCUGCUAUCCUUGGUUCCACACUAAACGGAGAGUUUGAGGAUGUCAAACGCCUCAAUGAUCUUCUUGUUGAAAAGAAUAAGCAAACUGGGUGGGAAACUCCUAUUCACGUUGAUGCAGCCAGUGGUGGAUUCAUUGCUCCAUUUAUUUACCCAGAGCUUGAGUGGGAUUUCCGAUUACCACUAGUGAAGAGCAUCAAUGUUAGUGGACACAAAUAUGGUUUGGUGUAUGCUGGAAUCGGUUGGGUUAUCUGGAGGAGCAAGGAGGACCUGCCUGAAGAACUCAUCUUCCAUAUCAACUAUCUCGGAGCUGAUCAACCCACCUUCACACUUAACUUCUCCAAAGGUUCCAGCCAAGUCAUUGCUCAAUACUACCAACUAAUUCGCCUUGGUUUUGAGGGCUACAGAAACGUGAUGGAAAAUUGCAGAGACAACAUGUUGGUGCUGAAAGAGGGACUCGAGAAGACAGGGCGGUUUGCCAUUGUGUCCAAAGACAAUGGUGUGCCUUUGGUUGCUUUCACCCUGAAAGACCACACUCACUUUGACGAGUUUCAAAUCUCUGACCUGCUGAGACGUUUUGGAUGGAUUGUGCCAGCAUACACCAUGCCCCCAGAUGCUCAACAUGUUACAGUGCUUCGUGUUGUCAUCAGGGAGGACUUUUCAAGAACUCUUGCAGAGCGUCUGGUGGCAGAUGUGGAAAAGGUGGUGCAUGAGCUUGAUAGCCUUCCAGCAAGGGUGAUCAGUAGCACCACCGUGGCAGUCAACACAGAAGAAAAUGGCAAAGUGGUUAAGAAGAGUGCUCUGGAGACACAGAGGGAAAUCACUGCGGUUUGGAAGAAGUUUGUGUUGGAGAGGAAGAAGCUCAAUGACAAGAUGAAUGGUGUUUGCUAGAGUUAGCUUGAAGAGUGUGUUGUGCCUAUCCCUGCCUAGUAGUUUUUUUAAUGUAUGAUUUGGGCAGUGUGUACGUUUUAUUGAGUCAAGCCUAUCAGAUUCAGUUGUUAAUUUGAUCCGAGGCAAAAUUCUAGACGCGAUUAUCUAUGUAAGUCUGGUUCACUUUGUUUUAUGAACAUGGAUUAUAUUUAUCUUCA